AUGUUCCAUCGCUUGACUGAAGAAGCAGGAAAUCUGAACAUCCCGUUUCAGUUCAAUCCUAUAGUUAGCAAGUUAGAGAACCUUGAUAUCGAAAGUUUGCGUGUCAAGACUGGAGAGGCUCUUGCAGUCUGCUCUGUAUUGCAGCUACAUUCUCUCUUGGCAGCUGAUGAUGAUCUUAGGAGAAAAUCACCAUUAGCAUCUAAGAACCUGCAGAAAGUCUUGCAUAUGAAUAAACUCACUUUAGGAGAGUGGCUGGAGAAAGAUCCAAUCAGUGCAUAUAACCUAAGUCCUGAUUCUGCAUUGUCCCCCACUAUCAGGUGGUUCACCAAAGAUGGGGAGUUUUUUAACUUCUCUUUGGGGCCUUUCACCAAAGCUAAUGGUGAUCACCGAGCAAGAAUCAAACCACAAUGGCCAUACAUUAAUGGACAGGAUCAUGGAAGCAUUGAACUUUUAUGGAGCGCUUUUUGA